AGUGUGGACCUGUUUUUGUGUUUUUUUUUUUGUUUUAUGCAGUAUCGGGAAAUUGCAGAUUUUUGGAGUUGUAGCUUCUUGCCGUUUCCAGGAGAUUUUCACAUGGCUGGAUUUGGUGCAUGGCCAAACAAAGGAUUCAGGAGAGCUUUGUUUCCAGAUGCAGCAGCAGAAAACUGCAUUUUUCCAGUUCCCAGAAGUCUGUUUGGAGCUGCUGCAGCAGAAUUCUGGAGUAGCCUGGAGCUGCAGCAGCAGAUUUGUGGUUCAUUCAGGGGAGUUUGGCUGGUUGUGCAGGGUUUUGUUAAGCAGUUUGGCUGUUUUGUGCAGUGUGUUCUGCAGUUGCAGCUUCAAUGCUGCAUUUUAUUGGCUAUUAUCCAUCCGGUAUAGCCUUUUGUGGAGAUGGAUGCUUAGUGGUGGAAAUUUGUCAGAUUAGUACAUUUUUAUUGUUGGUGGCAAGUUAAUGAAUGAAGUCUCAAUGUUGUUUUGGA